AUGGCGCAAAGAAGAGGACCGUGGUCCCAGCAAGAAGACGGUUAUCUCAUGCAGCUUGUCAGCGACCAAGGCCCCUUGAACUGGGUUCGCAUUGCCCAAGCCCUCGGAACCCGCACGCCCAAGCAAUGCAGAGAGCGCUUUCACCAGAACUUGAAGCCCACACUUAAUCAUGAGCCCAUCACAGCCGAGGAGGGCGCCCAAAUAGAGAUUCUCGUCGGCGAGAUUGGCAAGAGGUGGGCCGAGAUUGCAAGACGUCUGCAUGGUCGCAGCGAUAAUGCAGUCAAGAACUGGUGGAACGGAAGCCAGAAUCGCCGCAAGCGUCACGAUCGCCGCAGAGCCAACCAGAGCACUUCUGGCUACGACGACAGAAGAUAUGGCCACUCCGCCUUCACACGCCCGACUCUCACCCUCAACCCUCACCC